AUGCAACCAGAACUUGGUGCCAGCUACAAGUACACGGAGGAACUUCUAUCUUUGCAGAAGAUUCUCCAUUUUCCGGAGGAGGUGGCACUUUUACUGACAGAGACGGAGUACGAACUGUUCAACCGGGUUCCCCCACCACAAUACAUUCGCCAAGUGACCCUUGACCUAACACGACCAAUAAACAUCAAAAAACAGGCCUCAGUUGAUGACCUGCUUCAAAGAUUUGGAGAAGUGAGCAGCUGGAUCACCCACUUGAUCAUUACCCAGCCAACUCACGACGACAGAAAAGCGACGUUGUCAUGUAUCCUGAGGUUAGCUUCUUAUUGUCUUGUCAUCGGAAAUUUCAAUUCUGCCAUAGAAAUUGUCACCGGUCUCAGGUCUGAGAAGCUGAAACCUUUCUGGUUGAACCUUAACGACAGUGAACGUUCGGGUUUUCAGCAACUGGCCGACAUGCUGUUGCCCUCAGAACCAAGCAAAGAGUUCCGGGAAGCAGUCAGUAGGUCCCUCGACAUUCCAGACUGUAAAGUAGUGCCUUUCAUCGGAGGAUUUCUCAGGGAUUUGCGAGCGGUCUUUGUCGGUGUGCCCAGUAUAAUUGUAUUGGCUUCGGAGGAUAACCAGUCCUUGGAGUUUAUCUCUGACUACAAUGGCGAGGACCGGUUCAUGACAAGGAUUGGUGUCGGAGGCCUUAUGAAUCUACAGAAACUGAAGGAAGCUCACAUAGUCAUGAACGAUAUUUGCCUUUUCCAUCACCACGCCGCCCUGCAAAAGACGCAAAGUAGUAUUUCCAACUUAAAUAAAACAGAGCCAGAAAACACACUAAAUAUUACCAGUGAAGUGACGGUGCCUAUGGCGAAAAGUGUUUCCAUCGAAGAAGAAGACGAAGAGGCGGAAGAGGAAACAGAAUUUAGCAGCGGCAAUCAUUUGGCAGUAACGAUAGGCUCAGGACCAGGUGCCGGGCCCGGAGGAGGGGGCGGGGGAGGAGGAGGGGGAGGAGGAGUUUUAAAUGCCACCCUCUACCCGAGUACUCUCAGCGUUGUCAGUGCUGGUAAAAGUGGAAGUCUACUCGACACAACCAGCGUUGCCGCCAGCACCACGGCUAUAACUGCGUCUAGCAUUAUCACGGCUACAACGGCUACUACUAUCACAGCUACCACCACUACCACAACCUCCAGUGAACGACAGCAGGACACGAGCAUCAAUGCAAACACCAGUGCCAACAUCACCCUGGACGAGGACUCAGACGGAAGCAUCAGCGACUACGACCUCGAUCUUGAUUCAUACCGACCAAUUCGACCUGUCAGUAACGAGCAUGAAGUGACUCUCAUCACACCGAAGUUUUCCGGGAUGAGUUUGCACUAUCUGCAAUGUAUGCACCAUGGCUGCACUGUAGUUCGAUGCGAAGUGGAUACUAACCGCUCCAUGGUGGUAUGUCUCAAACUAGAGAGUGAUAAUCGAACUUUAACGUGGCAAAAAGCUCCCUGGAGCGCACUAAGAGGUAGCCCCUCUCCGUCGGACUACGUCCUCAAAGCUGACUUUGAUUUGGCUAUGUCUAACAUGAUAUCUAUGCGCUACAACACAGAUGACGAUGCUCUCGAAGCACUGGAGGAAGGUUUUAUCGACAUAAACAUUGUCAAGGACGUUUUUCUCGGUGCUGACGUCUCUGAUUUCGCUGCCAUUGGCAAGCGUUACGGACUGGAGAAUUACACUCCAGAGAAAAACUCCCUGUCAAUCGUUUAUGGUUACAACAUUACCGAGAACAAAGUUAUACAUUUCAUGUCUCCCGACAUGGUGACGAGGAUCUGGUAUCAAGGUCUGCAAUGUCUUGUCAAGGCCAAUAAUAAAAUAAAAAACCAGACAGACAAAAGAAAUCAUUGGCUCAAGACCCAGUAUCUCCAGUUGUAUCACGAGAAUUAUAAAUGCCAAGGACCAACUCCAGCAGAAGCAAUAAGGACUUUUGGGGGUCGGCGCUGGUCGAGCGGCACCCAAAACACAAGCAAUUCUAUGGAGUCUCAAAUUUCCUCCAAGAAAUCAUCGCAGGGCUUUGGCGGACCAACUAUUUUCAAGAAGAAACACAGCUCUGGAAUAACUUCAUCGAAGGACAUCAGUCCAAAAGGGUCCAACAGUUCAAGUACGUUUAGCAGCUCCGAAUCAACAGCCAAGAACACUUACAGCCAUCGACAGACACCGAGCCCGACGCGGCGAACCAAACCAGAAUCUUCUAAAAGCAGUGUGGUUGAUCCAUUUCUUAACCAACCAAUCCAGUCCAGUACUUACGUUCCGGGAUUCCGGCCGCAGAACCUGACGUAUAGUUACACGAAUCGAUACCGUUCGCGGCGUAGGAAGAUGUCACUUGGCCCCGGCAGAUCUCUGCCUUCUUCCGAUAACCGGUCGACGGCAAUCACCCACUCAACCCAGCUUGCUUUCUUGGAUUUUGUAGACCUCUUCAAGGCCUUUGGUCUACGGUGUCGCAAAGAUAUUAAGGAUUUAUUCGAACAGUUUGCUAUCAGCAAGACACUGGCUGAAAUUGAAGAGGCUCCUGCAUACCAUCGACCUCUCUAUACCCCUCGUAACGAAGACAUGGGUUUGGUAACCAGAAAUAACACCUUUGAUCUGAGCUCUGAACAGCAACACCGGCGAAAGAUUUGUGAUGCAAUCGCGGCGGCCAGUAUUGUUCACAACUGCGCUGGGGUGGAUACUUCCCAGAACAGAUACAUGGGUGUUCAGCAAUUUCAACAUUUUCUAGAAGAUUAUCAGGAAGAAAAUGUUGAUGAUGAGAAGAUUCUAGAAUUGAUUCAGCGCCAUGAGCCAAACCCUGUUCUUCGGGAACACGCAUUCCUCUCAUUCGAAGGCUUCGCCCGAUACCUGAUGGAUAAAGAAAACUAUGCAUAUAUCAAUGAGAAAUUCAAGUAUCGCAAGGAGGAUAUGGAUCACCCACUCUCACAUUAUUAUAUUGCAUCGUCUCACAACACCUAUUUAACGGGUCACCAACUCAAAGGAGAAUCAUCAGUUGAACUUUAUAGUCAGAUUCUCCUGAUGGGUUGUCGCUGUGUGGAGCUUGACUGCUGGGAUGGAGAUGACGGCAUGCCUAUUAUUUAUCACGGUCACACUCUCACCACCAAGAUCUCAUUUAAGGCGGUGGUCGAAGCCAUUAACAAAACUGCAUUUGUCAACUCUCCAUUUCCCAUCAUCCUGUCCAUAGAGAAUCAUUGUUCCAUUCCUCAGCAACAGAAAAUGGCUCAGAUAUUCAUUAGCACCUUUGGUGAUAAGCUAGUCACAAACUUCCUUUUUGACAGUGACUACAGUGAUGAUCCACAAUUACCUUCACCAAAUCAACUAAAAUAUAAAAUUUUGAUAAAAAACAAAAAAAUCAAGGAGUUUGACACCCAGGCAACCAUGAGAAGGGUGUGCACGCACUCCCGAACAAGCAGUACAAUUUCUACCGAGAGUGCUUCAAUCAAUUAUGAAGAAGAUGAUGAUGAAGAUGAUGACGAAGAUGAUGAUGUUGCUGAUGAAAAAGAUAUGCGUCGAUCAGUGGACAGCCAAGGAAGUCAGACACCAGAGCAAGAUGAAAAAUCUAAGCACACAAGGUUGAGGGCUGACUCCUUUGGUGAUAUUUCCAGACAAGGAAUACCUCGAAGUUCCUCGUUUGGAGAGAAAAACCGUCCAAAAACUCAACCUGACCUUGAGUGGCAGUUGGAAGAUGACCUGCCAGAGGUCAAACUGGUUCCAAAAUCCAAGCAGAAAAAGGACAGUCAGAUAGCCAAAGAGCUAUCAGACCUUGUAGUGUAUACACAGGCAGUCAAGUUUAGAAAUCUUUCUGUCAGCCCAGGCACGUCAGUGAGACAAAAGAAAGUCACGUCUAAGAAGAGUAUUUUGUCUUCCACUCACAGUGGCUCUCCUGGUUCUUCAGCGAGCAUGAGCACAGUGACCGAGAAGUCUGAACUGAGCAUCACACCUUCGAUGAUUCGUUCACGAAGGUUUGACUCCACACCUGCCUGCUAUCUUCUAUCUUCAGUCAAUGAAAACAAGGCCAAGAAUCUCUGCCGACGAUGCCCAACGGGCCUCAUAAGUCACACAGAAAGGCAGUUGAUGAGGACGUAUCCUGCAGGUGUAAGAAUCGAUUCCUCCAAUUUUAAUCCAAUGCAGUUCUGGAUAUUUGGAAUUCAAAUGGUUGCUCUAAAUUACCAAACAGAAGAUAUGGCCACGGCGCUAAACACAACAUUAUUUGAGCAGAACAAUCGAUGUGGCCUUGUCCUCAAACCAGAUGUCAUGUGGGAUAAAAAUCAUGUCAUGCAUGACCGAUUCAAUCCUUUUGACAAAGAGUUUGAUGGUUUCCAUGCCACUGUACUCACCCUUCAUUUGAUAUCCGGCCAGUAUGUGAAUCCAACUCUAAGUGCUAACACUCAGGUUGAGGUGGAAAUAAUCGGCAUUCCUGUCGAUUUUUCUUUUUUCACCCAUCUCACCUCUGGAAAUCUCUUUCCUCACGCUUCUCGCCUCUGGAACUCUCUUUCCUCACGCUUCUCGCCUCUGGAACUCUCUUUCCUCACGCUUCUCGCCUCUGGAACUCUCUUUCCUCACGCUUCUCGCCUCUGGAACUCUCUUUCCUCACGCUUCUCGCCUCUGGAACUCUCUUUCCUCACGCUUCUCGCCUCUGGAACUCUCUUUCCUCACGCUUCUCGCCUCUGGAACUCUCUUUCCUCACCCUACUCACUUCUGGAACUUUCUUUUUUCACCCAUCUCACAUCUGGAACUCUCUUUCCUCACCCUACUCACUUCUGGAACUUUCUUUUUUCACCCAUCUCACCUCUGGAACUCUCUUUCCUCACCCUACUCACCUCUGGAACUCUCUUUCCUCAUUCUUCUCACCUCUGGAACUCUCUUUCCUCAUUCUUCUCACCUCUGGAACUCUCUUUCCUCAUUCUUCUCACCUCUGGAACUCUCUUUCCUCAUUCUUCUCACCUCUGGAACUCUCUUUCCUCAUUCUUCUCACCUCUGGAACUCUCUUUCCUCACCCUUCUCGCCUCUGGAACUCUCUUUCCUCAUUCUUCUCCUUCUGGAACUCUCUUUUUCCUCACCCUUCUCACCUCUGGAACUCUCUUUCCUCAUUCUUCUCACCUCUGGAACUCCUUUCUCAACCUUCUCGCCUCUGGACUCUCUUUCCUCAUUCUUCUCACCUCUGGAACUCUCUUUCCUCAUUCUUCUCACCUCUGGAACUCUCUUUCCUCAUUCUUCUCGCCUCUGGAACUCUCUUUCCUCAUUCUUCUCGCCUCUGGAACUCUCUUUCCUCAUUCUUCUCGCCUCUGGAACUCUCUUUCCUCAUUCUUCUCACCUCUGGAACUCUCUUUCCUCAUUCUUCUCACCUCUGAACUCUCUUUUCCUCACCCUUCUCGCCUCUGGAACUCUCUUUCCUCAUUCUUCUCACCUCUGGAACUCUCUUUCCUCAUUCUUCUCACCUCUGGAACUCUCUUUCCUCACCCUUCUCGCCUCUGGAACUCUCUUUCCUCAUUCUUCUCACCUCUGGAACUCUCUUUCCUCAUUCUUCUCACCUCUGGAACUCUCUUUCCUCAUUCUUCUCGCCUCUGGAACUCUCUUUCCUCAUUCUUCUCACCUCUGAACUCUCUUUCCUCAUUCUUCUCACCUCUGGAACUCUCUUUCCUCACCCUUCUCGCCUCUGGAACUCUCUUUCCUCAUUCUUCUCACCUCUGGAACUCUCUUUCCUCAUUCUUCUCACCUCUGGAACUCUCUUUCCUCACCCUUCUCGCCUCUGGAACUCUCUUUCCUCACCCUACUCGCUUCUGGAACUUUCUUUCCUCACCCUACUCACUUCUGGAACUUUCUUUCCUCACCCUUCUCGCCUCUGGAACUCUCUUUCCUCAUUCUUCUCACCUCUGGAACUCUCUUUUCUUAAUAAUGUUUGUUGACCUAGCCUUCCUUCGAUUCAUUGUCAUUGACACCAGUACAGGUCACAUGGUGUCCCAAAGACUCUUAUUACUAAAACACCUGCGCCCAGGUUAUCGACACGUGAGAUUACGCAACCCUUUGAACCAACCAACAGAGCUGGGUACUUUGUUCAUUUACUCCAAAUUGGAAGAGGACCAGCUUGACCAAGCCAACAAUGCUGAUGCAAACAUUGAGGCUUCAGGCAAACGACGUUCAAUUCUGUCCAAAGUGAAAGAAUUCUCAGACGGUACCAAAAUAGAAGGUGUCAAAGAGAGUACCAACCUUGUGUCCACAGUUGGUAAGCAGAAAAGAAGAAUGUUCAUUGUAACAAUAUUUGGACUAAAAUCACCUGAUGAUUACGUGAUUCUGAAAAUAUCCCAGGAUACAGUGGUCAGUGAUGCAAUUACCAUGGCAUUAAUAAAAGGAGGAAAAUCAGAAGAAAAGGCAUCAAACUAUGUUUUAGUGGAAGAAGUACAGACUGGUUGGGAGAGAAAAGACCAGGAGAAGCCAUGCACACAACGGAUUCUGGAUAUGUCUGAAAAGCUUCUGGCUUCGCAAAAUAAAUGGAAGGGUUCAGGGAAAUUUAUUUUGCGGAAAAUGAGCGACGAUCCAAGCAGUCGAGCAUGGAUGACAACAAUGCUAACCAAUGAACAAAAGAAAAAGUUAGACUCAACAGAUGAAGAGUCAUCAGUAUGGGACUCUGAAGAAAACAUGUUUUUAGUUUGUGUCUAUAAUGUAUCUCCUGACCAACCUUACACUGUGUUCAAAGCCCCCGUGUCCAGUACAGCCCAGGACAUAAUAACACAGGCAAUGAUGAAGGCUCGUCGCAUUAAUGUGUGUGAUCCAAGAGAUUAUGUAUUAGUUCAAGAACUUGAAAUAGUGCUGGCAUCUGAUGGUCCUGGAGGACAGAGGAACAGCCGUACAAUACAUAAGAGUGAAAGACAUGUCCUCAGUAAUGAAGACAAUGUUUAUAACACACAGAAUGAAUGGAAGUCAUUUGGUAAAUUCAUUCUUGUCCAUAAAGACCACUUGGAAGACGAAUUGGAUUUGGGGGACAAAAAGAAAAAAGCAACAACUUACAUGGGGUCACUCUCUCGAGGUACUGCCAGCCUGGCCAAGAAGAUCGGUUCAAAGCGUACAGGCCGCAGCUCAUCAUCAUUUGAACGAUCAUCCCUUAAUAGUUCUGAUGAAUCCCUUCAGAAAGUGACUCGAUGGCCAUCUCCUGGUAAAAGUGAUGGAAGCAGACGUGGAAUUAGCAGUGGUGGAAUCGGUGAAGAACUAAGUGGAAGUGGUUCUUCUCUGGAAAAAAGAAGUGGCCAUUCAUCAUCUCGAUUCAAAAAAAUAUCAAGCAAACUGAACAUGAAAUUUAAACCGCCUGCCCUACAACAGAAUACCUCCCUUAUCUAUCUAUCUAUCUAUCUAUCUAUCUAUCUAUCUAUCUAUAUAUAUAUAUAUAUAUAA